GUGCAUGGCUCAAGGGGUCCAGAAAUUGUGCUUACGGCAAGGGUGGUGUUGGAAACCCUGUCAGUGAGUCAGGCAUCCAUUAUCUAUACAAAGGCUCUUACCUCAAACGAGGCUAUGUCAACGUAUCAGUCGGGCGUCAUGCCAGGCAAGAAUUUGCUUUCAGUAAGGUUCUUGGAAGGGCAGUUUGUGAGUCAGGCUGCCAUUUGCUGUACCCCCAGGCCGCCAUUGAUAAGUGGCUUGUGUUUCCCCUCUAGCUUUGCUUCCUCAGUCGUUCAAAGUUCACCUCUCAAGGAGACGUCUAAAUCCUUUUUCUGCUACCUAAAUAUCGAACGAAUCAAAAAAACUAGAAACAACCAAGCGGCUUCUAUACACAUACUAUACAAUGGCUCCAUCCGCAGUCCUCAACCUCCCUUCCAGCCUCCUUGCACGCACUCUUCCCGACAAUUAUAGCGACUCCUCCAACUCACCUGAUACCUUCGAUGGUCCCUCUACCACAACACACAACACGGCCGCAAAGUCCAGCGUAAAUCUCAGCUCGGGAGCGAGCGCCGCAAUUGCCGUUGUCUUCGUGCUAUUCGUGCUCUCGCUCACAGCUACCAUCUGCGUCUGCGUCAGGCGGUCGAGAAGGAGAUCUGGGGAAGCAGCGGAGAGUAGGGAAGUGGAGAUGGCGAGUACUAUCGGUGAUGCAGAGAGUACCUUGAGCAUGGAGAAAGGAGAAGUGAAGAAGCCCUCGAGGGCUUGGGUUCCAUGGAGGAGAUGAGUGUGGUUACAUGACAACUUAUUGCAUUGGUCUCUGCGGCGAGACCAUCCGUUGCACCGCACGAAUAGUCCUCUAUGGUUAUUCCUUCGACGCCACUGAUGACAACUUCCUCAUCUAUAAUGUUUGGCAUGUGGGGUUGGUGAUAUGAAGGACCGGAGAGCGUUGAGACCGAGAAUCUCACAAGGGAAGGAUCUAAAGAAACAGGGAAAAGGAUUUCUUUCCUCUAUGAUGAGUUAUUUGAGAUUGAUCGGUAAACCCAUACCGUUUUUUGGGUAACAGUGCUUCUCUUCAAGAUAUAUGUCGAGUCAGGAUUUCAGGAUAAUAGGAUUGGGAAGACUGCCGAUCUUAGUUCGUGCAUUACUAUUUACAUUCAAUCUGAUCUUGCUUACUAUCCUUACGUUUCAAUAUAUCGCCC